AGAGUCAGGCAAGGAAGUGAGGAACAGGAGAAAGGAAAGGCAGCCCUGCUGAUUGGGAGGUAGUCCUGGAAAGCCUGCCUUCUGAUGUUGCCAGGCAACAAGUGUAAACAGCAGAAGUGGCAGGAUCAUGGCCACUAACUACAGUGCCAAUCAGUAUGAAAAAGCUUUCUCACCCAAGUAUCUUCAGAACUGGUCUCCUGCCAAGCCAACAAAAGAGAGCAUCUCUUCCCAUGAAGGCUACACUCAGAUUAUUGCCAAUGAUCGUGGCCACCUGUUGCCUUCAGUGCCACGAUCCAAGGCAAAUCCUUGGGGUUCCUUCAUGGGCACCUGGCAAAUGCCUCUGAGGAUACCCCCUGCUCGGGUGACCCUGACCUCCCGUACAACUGCUGGUGCUGCCUCGCUCACAAAAUGGAUACACAAAAGUCCUGAUUUACUCAAGGCUUCCAAUGGAUUGCAUCCUGAAAUCUUAGGCAAGCCCCACAAUCCAGACAGUCAGAAGAAACUUGGGAAGAAGUCUGCCACAAGGACUGUACAACAAGCACCAAGUCCAACCUUAAUUCCAAACUCCCCAGCCCAAACCCUAAGUUCUCCAGAUGAACUCCGAAGUGCACACCCCUCUGCAGGUCACACUCCAGGUCCCCAAAGCCUAGCCAACUCUCCUAAGAGUCCACCUGGAAGCCUGUGUGUGCUGGAAAACUUGGCAAGUCCUGAUCUAGCUGAGAUCCAGAAAUGCAAACCUGGAACUCCAGAAGGGACUAAGGUACCACACUGAGAAAACCUGUCUAGAGAUUGUGUGAAGUAAACAAGACCCCUGUCAGGGAUGUGGAAUGAGGAAAUUAUAGGGUAGGAGUAAAGGCAAAUUCGGAAAAUAAACAUCAUUUGUUGAAUCUUU